AAGCUGUUCAGAGAGAAAACAGGAGUUUUUCGGUGCUGGAAAGUGCUUUUUUAAUUUGUUUUAAUAGUUUUGUAAAAGGCUAAUACUUGAAACCGGCAUAUUGCAGGAUGUGGUUACAAGAUGAGGACAAUGCUGCCACAGACUCAGAUGAAGAGAGUUAUUUAUCCUCUGACGAUGGAGGGGAUAUUCAGUGUGAGAUCCUGGAAAAGCAGAGGGAUGAAGCCAAUCAGAGACUGACUGAACUGGAGGAAGCUUCCAAUCAGCUCCUGAAAGAGAUUAAUGUACUGGAGAUCCAGUUCCAGAUCGAAAGGUCCUGUAGGGAGAGUGCUGAGGCACUGGCUCUGAAGGUAAACAAAGAGAACAAAGUCUUGAAAAGGAGGAGCCAGAUGCUGCUACCGCUGAUCCCUGAGCUGCCAGAUAACCUGGCUGCUGUGAACCUUGACGCAGAAAUCGACUCUAUAAAUGAGGGUGAUGUAGUUGAUGCUGGCAAAGAUGACAGCGAAAAUGCACUGCUGCUAGAGAGUCAAGCCAAGAUCACAGCUUUGCAGGCAUCAGUAGAUGGCCUGCUGGCUGAGAAGCUGCAGCUGGAGCAACAAGUGGAGGAACUAACCAGAGAGCAAGUGCAACUCAGAGAGCAGCUUGCUCUAGAGGUUGAAGAGAAAGAAGCCAUUCUGAGGAAAAUGAGUAAACAGAGCAAGGCCAUGAAUAAAAUCAAAAGAGUCUCCCAGCUUGUCACAGAGGAGUUCACAGAAAUCUCUCAGAAACUGGAGUUGGAGCAGGGCCUCAGGCAACAUGCUGAAAUCUUUGCCCACCAGAUGCUGGUGGAGCAGAAGGCUGACAAAAGACAAAGUAUGAUGAAGAUGGAGAACCUUGAUACCAGUAUUCAGCUGCAGCUGCAGCAGGCGCUGGAGCAGAUAUCCCACAUUAGCACAGUGCUGAGUGAUAUACAGCUCCACUACCAGAACCAGAUAAAAGACAGUAAGGAAGCUACAGAGGACAGCAGUGACCUCUCUGAGUUGCAGAGCCUGAGAGAGCAGCUGGAGAAGAGUGAAGAGGAGAGGAAGACUUUGGAAGCUCAACUGUCUGAAGCUAACACUUCUGUCACACAGCUGCAGGAGGAAGUGAGACAGUUACAAGAAAAAUUGAACAGAGAGGAUAAAAUGAAUGACUUGGUGGAUGAAUCCACUCCGGCUCCUGCUCCUGCCCCACCUCCACCUCCACCUCCACCACCUCCACCCGUACCCAUUCCUGCCAUUAAUUUACAGGACUUCCUGAAAAGCAGGAGGAAAGAUGGAAUCAGUUCAGCUGAUCAAAACAAGUCAGCACCAUUGUCUGACAUGAAGACAAGGGCAGUGGAUGAAAUGAUGGAGAGAAUAAAGAAAGGCAUCAUCCUGAGGCCCAUCAAGAGAAUACAGGAAGACGACAGCUCCUGGAAGGACCAAAAAAGUGAAAACCGAAAAUCAGCCAUCCUGGAAUUAAAAGGAAUGCUGGACAAUAUAAAACGCCAGCACCACCGCAGAGUACCUUCCAGGAGGGGAUUCGGGCGAAACGUUGGCGAGGUAGAGCUGCUGUCGGUACUCCAGAAGAGAAGGAGAGCUAUGGGGGAGAACAACGACCAAAUUUCCUCAACUCAAGCACAGGAUCCCCAACCAGGGCAGCAGUGUGUCCCAGCAGCAGGCAAUGGUCCCUGGGCAGGAGAGACCGGCAAUGCUCCUGUGCUCCGAAGGCUGAAACAGAACAGAGAGAAGAGAGACUCUCGCAUCAGAGCAUCAGCGCUGAUCAUCGGCAAUCAAGCCUGACCGAAGCAGAUUACCAACUAAUACCUUAUAUAAAAAUGCACUGCCUCUGUGGUCUGUUAUAAUUACAUGCCAGAAAACCACCACUGAUUUUGGUCUUUAUUGAAAAGUAAAAAAAAAAAACAUUUUGUGUUUGUUUAUCCACCUGGGAGUGCCAGGUAGAGAGAUAAUAUUGCAAACAAACAAUAAACUUCACAUUUACGGCUAGAGGAAAUCAAAGAGAAGCAUUUUCAAGUGCCAUUUAACCCAGGUCUGCAAAAAGCCAGCGCUCGUCGCGUGUCAAAGGAAACUGAGCUCUUUCAGACAUAUUUAAUGUCCGGCAUCAUGCCACAGAAAAUAGAAGAAAAAUAGGCAUAUCCAUUAAAAAAAACAUUACUAUGAACACCUUUGCCCACUUCUCAGCUUAGGUGUCUU